AUGUCUAAUGCGCAACAGACCGGUCACGUAAGGCGAAGUCGCGCGACAUUGACCAAACAAGCCUGCGAUGCAUGCAAGACUCGCAAAGUCAAAUGCACUUACGACGAGUCGGUAGCUCCUACGGCAACUGCUCAUCGUCCUUGCCGAAGAUGUACGCGGUUAGCAAUUGAUUGUACUUUCACCGUGCCUCAAAAAUGUCGAGGACCUCGAACGCGCAGAACUGAUGUCAGCAAUACGGCCAGUACGACGACGCCUGGAGAGACAUCGAGGCCACCCGAUGAUGAUUUUCUUAGCACAGACCUUGGCCAAUCGUCGCUUUCCACGAGCUCGCAUUUGCAAAACUUGUCAGGCAGAACGGCAACACAAGAGGUCAAUUCAUUGAGUAGACCUGUCCAGUCCAGAAACCUCUCCUACCUCCUGAAUAGCGAGGUCGUCUCCCCAACUGCAGCGCUUCUCCCUACAACACCUGCAUCGCUUGAUCAUACCAGCAAUUACGGCCCAGCGACGACACCGCUCGCGCAACGCACCUACCAGACUGACAGCAUCUGCUCACGAGAGCUCUUUAAGCGCAUCAUCGGCGACUAUCUUGAGCUUGUCUAUCCCGUUGUCCCCGUCGUCCACCGUCCAACGUUUCAGCAGGAUCUGGAGAGGGAAAGAGACGCUUACGAUUCCGACUUCUUCCUACUCCUCGUCGGCAUUUGUGCUUUGACGCUUGGGAUCGGAUCUUCCAGGUUCGAAAGAUACCAACGCUUGGACCCUACCCUACCUUUCCAGUCAGCAGAGGCCAUGAUCAACCAUUGCUACGACUUGUUUGUCUGCCAUCGUCAGGCGAGCUACUACGAUCAGGUCAGUCAUCAGAAGUGGGCUGUUUCCUACUGCUUGGUCACUGCCUUCUUCCAAAUCGGACACCACAAUCGAUCGCGUAUGCUGGAGAUUGAAGCCAUGCAAUUGGCGCGUCUACUGGAGCUCCAUCGCGCCUCAACAUACGAAGGCUUGGAUUUUGUGGAGGCUCAACUGCGAAGAAAGGCCUUCUGGUUGAUCUUCUACAGCCUGGUGCACAACAAACUUCAAUUUGCUCGUAGAGAACGACUCCUCUAUCUGGAUUGUGCCAUGCUACGCACAAUUGACUUUCAAGCUCUCUUGCCUGCUGAGAUUGAAGACGAAUACAUCACACCAGAUACCAUGCUCCCUCGGCCAAACACAGAACAGGCGAACAUCGUCACCGCUUUCAACAUGCAUUCGAAGUUAUUCUGUACCGCGCUCAUGCCAUUGUGGCGCGUUUUCGACUCUGGAUCAGUGGAUCUCUCUCGCGCAGAUAGCGACCGAUGCUGCGGAUGCGAAUGCAUUGAAAUCAAGCUUCAAGUGCAAUCUUUGGAAGACAGGUUCGAGGAGCUUAGGUUCAUGCUUGACAAGUGUCCACCAAGGCUCCAACCAUGGGCUCCAAACUGCGAUAGCGCGACGCACGACUCGGUCAAUUCGAGGGUCAGUAAUCUGCAGAUGGAGAUUGUUCGCGCAAACAUACACAUCACGCAUCUCUGGCUACAGUGUAUGGUUCUUGACAGGCUUGAUGCUCUGCACUCAAACAAUCCAAACUUACCGGCACAAGACCUGCGUAACGUAUGGACGAGACGUGAGGACAUUGCUCGCCAAAUGUUACACGUCUUGCACAGUUUCUCAGAUGAGCCACUUGAGCCCAAUGGGUACCAUACUUUCUGCAAGAUUCGCGAUGUGGCAGUGUCAUUGCUGAAUUGCCCUCAUGAAGAAGGGAAUCGCGUCGCAAUCAGAGCCAACGAAUACCUGCAUCGCUUUACCGAGAUUCUCUGGAGACUCGACAAGAGUGAAUUGCUGAACUCGUUGAGUCUGCAAAAUUGGAUUGACACAGGACGACAAGAAUGA